CCCGCUCUUGAUUGCCUUCGUCGUUCCGUUUCUUUCUUUAGGGAUUGUCAGAGCGGCAACCGUACCUUACCUAGUUCCCCUUGCCCAGCCCAGCUUGACCCAGCCCACCACACAGCCUGCCUUACCACUCACUACCUACCUGCCUAGUAACAUAACCUAGUACCUGGGCAUCAGCAGCCGUAGUAGGAGCAGCAAGUGCAGUGUGUGUGAAUCCCACAUCAAUCAAAUCCGCUGCAGCUGGAACAACAAAGUCCCUUCCCACCCUUCUUUGACCUUCCUUCUCUUUUCUCCUUUUCUUCUUCUUUUCUCCCCUCCCAAUUCCUCGACUUCCUUAUGAAUUCAUUGAAUUCUCGGUUCAAGGGCCUAGGACUAGGUAAACGGAAAUCUACCGCCAGCAUUCCCUCUAGCUCGCCCGAUCUUCAGCGGCCUUCUACCUCGACCCCGACUUCGACCCCUCCUACCCAGGUAGCGCAGCAGUUCCCACAGGCCCAGCCCCAUCCUUAUCCCGGCCAUCCUUCCUCUAUAACAGCCUCCUCGUCCCAGACGAGUCUCCCAAUAAUGAACCAUCCCGGCGCUGGACCUCGUCCGCCUAGUUACACAUCCAACUUUCAACCCGGACCACAACCACCCGUCGGCAGGACGAGUCCUUUAACUACAGGCCAAGCACGAACCCCGCCAUCGCAAAUGGUUGGCGGCCCUCCUCCCAUCAACACCGGUGCUCCCGUCUCAGGAUAUCCUCCUCAAAUGCACGUUCAGCCUGGUGCGCAACCUCCUCCGGGUGUUCCUGGUGGCCCGCCUGGAUACGCUGGUUACCCACCGCCUGCUCCGGCUCCUCAACCAACCAACGCGAUGCAGCCUUACGGCCGACCGGCUGCCGAAGUCGAAGGCAAUAGCCGCAGUAAGGCGCAGCUUAUUGUCGGAAUCGAUUUUGGUACCACCUUCUCCGGUGUCGCUUUCGCCUUUGCGACCAACAACGAAGCCAAGGAGGACAUAAUUACGGAAUGGCCUGGUGCUGGAUCGUACACGAAGCAAAAGAUUCCUACUGUUCUGUACUAUGAUCAGUACCAAAAGGUUGUUGGAUGGGGUCCCGAUAUUGCAGAUGCGCUUGCGCCGACGGGAUACCCGAAGCCAGGUGUACAAAAGGUUGAAUGGUUUAAGCUCCAGCUUAUGCUGUCCGGGAACACUUAUAUCGAUCCCAUCAACCUACCGCCCCUACCACCUGGAAAGUCGGAGAUUGAUGUAGCUGCAGACUACUUGUUCAAGCUGAGACAGGCCAUGCGCACAGCUCUGCAAAAGACAUUGGGCGAGGUAUUCAACCGAGAGGAACGGAACAUUCGGUAUUACCUGACAGUACCGGCCAUUUGGAACGAUGCGGGCAAGGCUGCCACGAGAGCCGCUGCUAUACAGGCUGGUUUCUUAAGAGAUGAGAACGACAACAGAUUGACUCUCGUCAGUGAGCCUGAGGCCGCGUCGCUUUUCUGUGCCAAGACUGGCCUACUUAACUUGAAGGUCCACGACGCCAUCCUCAUUGUUGACUGCGGUGGUGGUACCGUCGAUUUGAUCGCUUAUGAGGUCGAAGACGAAAACCCAUUCACCGUUGCGGAAUGCACGGCCGGCUCUGGUGACUCUUGCGGUUCCACAGCUCUAAACAGGAAUUUUAGUAAUAUCCUUCGAACAAAGAUCCGCAAGAUGAAGCUUCCCGAUGGAUCCAAGACCGCCGGCCGUGUAUAUGCCAAAUGUAUCAUGGACUUUGAGAACCGAAUCAAGGCCGAUUUUAGGAAUAACGGCCAGAAGUGGGCUGUCGACGUUGGUAUUGAGGCUGAAUUCCCCGAGGCUGGUAUUGAGGAAGGUUACAUGACUUUCACUAAUGAGGAAAUCUUGCAAUGCUUCGAGCCCGUCGUGAACCGAAUUCUGGAACUUGUGCGAAACCAGAUUAUCGCCAUCCAAGCACAAAACCGAACGCUACAAAACAUUUUGGUCGUCGGUGGUUUCGGUGCUUCAGAAUACCUGUUCCAACAAAUCAAGCUGCACGUCCCUCCUCAAUUCCAGUCCAAGGUUGUCCGACCUAUGGAUUCCGUCGCCGCUAUCGUGAAAGGUGCAGUCACCGCUGGUAUUACCGAGAGAGUUAUCACGCAUCGUGUUGCCCGUCGCCACUACCUCAUGGCAACUUUACAACCCUUUAAGGAAGGUUAUCACCCUGAGGCAUAUCGCGUACCGUCGCUUGAUGGCAAGGACCGAUGCAAAUUCACUCGGCAAAUAUUCGUGCAAAAGGGCCAGAAAGUCAAGAUCGGCGAGCCUGUCAAGGUCUCAUUUUUCAGACAGGUGGCUCCCGGUGCUACGCUCAUGUACGAGGAUAUUCUCUACGCCUGCGAUGACGAUGUCUGUCCCGAGUAUACCAAGGAUCCACGUAUAAAGGAGGUCGUCACCUUAACAUCGGAUCUCUCACGCAAGAACCUCGAGAAGGACUUCGAACGCAUGGAUACACCUCAAGGCACAUUCUACAGGGUGUACUUCGAUAUCUACCUUACCCUCGACGGAUCAGAAUUUAGUGCUGAGCUGGUCUGCCAGGGUGAGGUUAUGGGCCGUUGCCGAUCGAGAUUCAGAUAAAGAUUGGCAAUGAAGGGAGCGAGAUGGUUUAUUUGCGGGUGGCGUCCUCUUUACUAACGUCUUUAUCCGUUGUGUUGCUUUGCUUGACGUUUCGAUGAUACCUCUACUAAAA